AUGCCUCUACCAGACUCAGAUACUGAGGUUAAAGCCUCCAGCGAAGCUGCAGAAAACUUCGUCAGUCACUACUACCAGGCCAUAAACAACCGAUCAACACUUCUUCCCUUCUAUAUCAACUCUUCACCACGCUACUCAAUCGCCGCCGACAUUUCUAUCAACGGCUCUGUUGUUGCCACGCCUGCCGAUUACACCACGCUACUAGAGGCGCAAGGGCAAGGCGUACGCUACGAGAUAGAAUCUUUAGAUGCGCACGUUAUCAACCCCUCAUCAAAGUAUGGCGCACCCGGCAACAUUCAUGACAAUAAUAAAGUAGAGAAGAAUGGAAGCCGGAUGAUCAUUGUGGUCACGACUAUGGGAAGAGUGCAAUUCGGCCUAGCAAAAACCUCGGUGGGCCGUGCCAGAACAAUAGCUCUUUCCACACCAUCUCCGCCAUUCUCGACCAUUAACCCCACCAUCCACACUGCAGCCAUGCCGCCCAAGGCGAAAGUAGUCACAAAGCCGAUCAACCCGGAGCCCAAGAGUACUCCUGGACCAGGUCCAGAAACACUGAACGAUCGAACUUCUCAACGUUACUACCAGACGAACCCCGUUGAAAAACGAAUUGAAGAAGCUGGCUUCCUCGGUUUAACGCCCGCAGAGAAGAAAGCAUACAGUUACACAAAGCUCAUUCAACCGAUCGCCGAUCAUAAAAUCCCUUUGUCUAAUAAGACGGAAAGAGAGUACUGGAAACAAGUCACGAAGGACGGUCUGCCCAUUCGCCGCCUUCGACAGGGCUACUGUUGGGGCAAGGACAAAACAGGUCACGACAUUGGUGCAUAUCAGCUCGACAGGUUUGACCAGCUUUUAAUCAAGCAAGCUCAACUGGCGGCUCUAGAUAUUCAUCAUCGUCAGUUUCUUAUCAACCGACGCAAAGCAAUCGCUAGUGGCAGCGACUUCUCGGACGAAGAAUUAGCGCAAGAAAAGAGUAGACGGAAAGACAUGGCCACCUUGAACAAAGAUCUUUAUGGCGAAAUCACGGGUUCUCUCUCAAACAACCCAGAAUGGGACGACGUGAUCCCCAUUCCUCACAGUGAACCCGACGAUGCCCUAUCUAAGAUUGCCUACCCUGACGACUAUGCCGAAGCCACUUCGUAUCUUCGCGCUGUCAUGGCUGCAGAUGAGUGCUCUCCAAGAAGUCUCCGCCUGACAGAACAUGUCAUUUCUAUGAAUCCUGCACACUACACCGUGUGGCUAUAUCGCUUCAAGAUUAUUCAGACACUCAACUUGCCCGUCCCUGAAGAGAUCGAGUGGCUGAACCAGGUAGCCCUGGCGAACCUAAAGAAUUACCAAAUAUGGCACCAUCGCCAGCUUCUGCUAGACUAUUACUUCCCCAGCAUCGAUGGAGAUGAAGAAAUGAUCAGGACUUUAGGAAGAACCGAGACACAGUUCAUUAACAAUAUGCUUGAAGAGGACUCGAAGAACUAUCAUGUUUGGUCUUUCCGGCAAUACUUGGUGACUAAACUUGGCAUGUGGAACAUCGCCGAACUCGCCGCGACGCAAAAUUUGAUUGAAGAUGAUUUAAGAAACAAUUCUGCUUGGGCGCACCGUUUCUUUCUAGUCUUCUCGGACCCUAGUGUUGCCACGCCAGAUUUACCUGCCACUACGCAUGACCCAAAGAUUCCCGGGUCCCUCAUCGACAGGGAGGUAGACUACGCAAAAGAAAAGAUUGCUUUGGCGCCCCAAAACCAAUCCAGCUGGAAUUAUCUCCGAGGAGUACUCGCCAAGGGUGGAAGAGGCUUAUCCGAUGUUCGUGAUUUCUCAGAGAGUUUCAUAUCCAACUUGGGUGAAGAUAGUGAGGACGUCAAAAGUUCUCACGCUUUGGAUUUAUUGGUCGACGUCUAUCACCAGGCUGGCGAUAUUAGCAAGGCUAUUCUCUGUCUGCAAAGGCUUUGGGAGAAAUGGGAUCCAGUACGCGAGGGAUAUUGGAAGUUUAGGGCGUCGGAACUGGGAGAAGCAAAAGCACAGGAGUAG